AAUAUGCAAGCGAUACACAUCCUGAGAAUUGGGUCAGCAUUUCUCCCAUCCAUCCAUCCAUUUUCUGGGCUACUUUUCCUCAUGAGUUCUGGAGCUUAUCCCAGCUGUCAUUGUGGAGGAGGCAGGGUACACCUGGAACAGGUUGCCAGCCAAUCACAGGAAAACAUGGAGACAGACGACAGUCACACUCACAAUCCCACCUAUGGGCAAUUUAGUGUCCAAUUAAUGCAUGUUUUUGGGAUGUUGGAGAAAGCCAGAGUGCCCAGAGAAAACCCACACAGGCACAGGGAGAACAUGCAAACUCCACACAGGCAGGGCCGGGAUUUGAACCCCGGUCCUCAGAACUGUGAGGCCAACGCUCAACAGCUGCGUCACUGCAUUUCCCCUGUCUUCCAUUCGAAGUCACCAAAAGUCAAAUUGCUUCAUGUUACUGGUGAUUGUCCUGCUAACUCUUCCUGAAAGUUAGUGUGGGUUCCCUGGGUCCAUGGGCAUGGGUGGCAUCCUCUUAACCGGGUGCCCUGGCCUGUGCUUCCCUUUCAGAUGAGUGAGGCUCAGUCCUCCUGCCAUAGAUUUGAAGGUCAAAUCAAGAGCAGCAUUAGUGUUUUGGGUGCUCCUGUAUCUUAUUCCCUACCCACUAUUAAAACAAACACCAACCAAUGCAAACUAAAACCUUAGUAGCUGUGUUAAUUAAAGUGUCCAAAAGCCCAUAUUGAAUUACCUUGCAAAUUACUCAGCAAAGGUCUCGAAAUUUUGUUAUUGUUGUUUUUACAACCACGUGAAUUAUAAAGAGUUUUGUUAUUCCACAAUGAACAUGCCAGUUUCUGACCAUUUAUCUUGUUCACCCUGUUCAUUUUCCCUUGUUGACCUCCCUUCUUGCAUGUUACCAGCAAUGAAUGGUUUCUUAAUAUCUUCACAUCCCUUCUGCCAUUUCUUAAGAUGUUGCUCAGGAUUAUCAGAUUCUGUUCACUGAAUGAAGCGCCCUUUUGUGCAGUUUGAUAAGUGAGUAGUGGGUCCUGUUCCCUCCUGUUUGUUUGAGCAUCUCUCAAGUCCUUAUCACCUGUCUUCUGAUUUAUCUUAUCUUUCGUUCACCAUUUAUCGUUCCUUGCUAUAUUCCAGUCUUCAAAUCCGCUUCUCCACCCACUUGCAGUGCUCACUUCUUACUUCCUGAUCCAUCAUUUCCCUCUGCCAUCUCCAUCCCAGUCGAGCCUUCAGCAUUAGCCCCUUCUUCGAGAGCACCUUGCUGUCUCUCACAGGUACUGCUACAGACAUCAUGAUGUGUGUGAUGUACUGUUUUGGUCAUCUUGAAUGCGUACUUGGAAAUUAUUUACUUAUUAUGUGUGGGGUCUCACACUUUACAAAUUAGUUACAAUUUCAACAAAUUGGUCUGUUUGAACAGUGUAGCUGACUCAAGAAUUUAAAAAUCAGUAUGUGUGUACUCUGCUUUAACUCUUAUUAACAAAGUUCAAAUUAAAAUUUCAGAACCAUCGAGUUAUUUGCCUUCAUUGUGCUAUGUUAUGCUAUGAUGUUUGAAAGUGUUUUUUCAAUGACUUAAUACAUUUGACCUUUUUGAUUUGAAAUUUCCUUACAGGACAAAGUUAAUAUUAAAUUAAUGUAGACAUGGCAUACAUUUCUUACUUCUUAGAAAACUUAUCUUUGGGGCAUUCAAGGGCUGAAUUCAAACUACACAAUCCACUCGUAUUUUUUAGUAUUUAGUAGUUUCUUGCCUCAGCUUUUACUAAAGAAGGACAAGGAGUUUGAAAUAUACGUAUAAUAUACGUACUUUGCCUCAGUUGUUUGUUUUCACAACGGUGUAGUCUGACAGUAUACAUCAAUAUAUAAUAUCACUCACUUGAUGGGAUGUACGAUUGUGGUCUUCAUAUAACAAACAGCCAAUCAACAGAUUCAGAAUUAGGGAAAAGGUUGUGUAAACAGUCACCAACUCUGACCCUGAGACUGCUGUAGUCAGCUGUGGUCAGAGUGGAAUUGUACAGCGCUCAGUCACUCAGACACACAAAUGUGUGUGUCAGACGAUGACUAAGAAUGGGUUGUACAGAAAAUGUUGCGAUAUCUGAAUCAACCAUUAGAUCAUGUGAGAGUGCUUAUCCUCAAAAUAAUUAAGCCGGCUUCUGUACAAAAGUUAACACAAUGAAAAUCCACAUCUUUUGCAGUUAUUUAAAUAAUUACUGUACUAUGUUUAGUUGGGACUGUUUUAAAGAUAAUCAGAUAUCUUGCAUAAGGCAGCAGUAGCUGCAGUGAAAGACUUGCCUUAUGAACUGGACUUUGCUCGUUCAAUGACUAUUCUGACUGAACACGUUGAAUAGGAACUUGUUAAUGGAGACAGAUUGUAUUCUUUCUGAGCACUAUAAAUAAAAGUAGACACAAAGACCAAAUUCACCAAAAAUGAUUUAUUGAGAAACAUCAUCUAUACCAAGUUUAACUUCUUCACUUGUCACAAAAAGUGUAAAAAUUAAGAACUGUAAAGAAAAAAACCCACUAGACAAUAGAAUCUUACUGUUUUGAAUAUGAGUCCAUUUAUUUUGAGGAUCUUCUCAUAACAGGCCCUGUUAAGGCUGGUCAUUCCUUACAAAUAAAUGUUGCUACAGAGGGAAAAAAGCCAAAGAAUGCACACACAGAGUUAAUUCUAACAUGCUGAAGUCUGGUGAUAUGCUGACAUUUGACCUGAUGCCAUGUAUGAUGGAAGUUUGAAUUGUGAACUUUUGGCAAGUUUUGGUAAUAUUGUGAAUCGUAUAACAUUAAGGGGGCUUAUGAUUUGAAGUAAAUGGUUUAUGGUUGAUGAGGAUUUUUUCAUAAAUGGAUAUAAAUAUUCAGUCAGCGUCAAAAUCUCUAUGUUCUAUUCCAAAACCUCCGUCUGGUGUUGAAAGACACAAAACACCAAGUUACAAUAUAUGAAAUGAAGAACAGCGUCACAAAACGGCUGAAGGCAGGAUGGUACUUGUCUGUGAUCUGUAGUCUAUCUGUGUUUGCGUGUGUGCGCGUGUGUGUGUGUGAGUGAGUGCAGGUGGGCGCACUCAUUAAAUCAAAGGACACACCUUGUGCUUGGUAUUAGUAAGCUUGUCUGUGGAGAAUACAAGAAGACGAUGUGUGUUUUCAACAGGGCCUGAGGCCACCUUUGUACGCAAGCGAGUAAAGAUAAAACCCUCAGGGAAACUCUUGUGUCUGCAGUUCAUAUGUGGUGUGAUUGUUUUAGAGCACAGCACAAAUUUUUACUUAUUGCUAUGUGCGUGUUCACAUAAUGUUCAUAAAUCCAUAGUAAUUUAGAUUCCCCAUAGAUAUUUCACGAGAUGAAACUAAAUUUAUCAAAUUUACUUACGCAUUACUUGUCAGAUUCAGAAUUUUAUGAUUGCAGCAGCUGUUUUUAAAAUGAUGAAUUGACGACACGUUGUUGACACGACGGACAUUUUCACUUCAUUCUGUGUAGAUGUCAUAUAUUUGAGUCGUCUUUAUUUUGGGUAACAUUUUACUAGUGUUUUUGUUCUGCUCUUCUUUCUCUGUCUACAUGUGUGUGAGUCGACAACACAGGUAUCAAACUCAAGGCCCGGGGGGCAAAUCCGGCCUGCUGCAUGAUUUUAGGUAGGCCGCGAAGACAAAUCAUGUGCGUUUCCUUCCAUGAUUCUUGUUCAAAUCUGUAUCAAAAUGUCAAAUUGUCAUAUCAUGAAUGAUACCUUUGAGAUAUUGCAGUUUUGUGCUGCUAAAUAUCAACAAUAUUUGAAAACCCCAAUACCCUUGAUUUAUUAUUCCAAAACUAGUUCAUAAAUAUCAUGAGUAAAUAUGAUGAGGCCAACUAAAAUUUUUAUGGUUUCAGUCAUAAUGGCCCUCUGAGGGAAAUCGUAACUACAGUGUGGCUAAGGACAAAAAUGAGUUUGACACCCCCGGUCUACAGUAACUGUUGUACGUGUGUGUGUGUGUGCGUGUGUUGGUGUGUGUGUGUGUGAUUGUUGAUUCAUGUUGAGAAGGGAGUGGUGCUGAAGGGUGUGACUCUGACACACACACUAUCAUAUUGUCCAGGUGAGUCUGUGUGUGUAUAAGUGCAGAAAGCCAGCAACACCCACAAGGAGCAGGUAACCAGCCGUGAGCAUUGAUUUCAAGACCCGUAUUUGUCUGGAUCAUAAAAUGACACUACUUUUACUUCUCACUGCUGUGGCUGCGGUGACUCACGCCCAGACUGACUGCUCUGAAGGAGCUUGUUACCCACGCAGCAGUGACCUGCUUGUGGGUCGGGCUGAUCAGCUCCAUGCCUCAUCCACAUGUGGACUGACUAGCGCCGAAGUGUACUGCACGCCAUAUCAACAGAGGAAGAUGAAAUGCUGUCCAUGUGACUCCAGAAACCCAAACGGACCACUGGCCCAUACUGUCCAGGAAAUGCUCUCCACCUCUGGACCAGAAAGAUGGUGGCAGUCCAGGAAAGAGGUGACCCCAGUAACACUUCAGUUGGACCUCAACAAUCUUUUCAACCUCGACAACCUGGUCCUUAACUUCAAAGGGCCUCGUCCCAGUGCCAUGGUGAUGGAGAAGUCUAUGGAUAAUGGCAGGACAUGGCAGACUGCCCUCUACUUAGCUACAAACUGCAAGAAAUCAUUUCCAGGGGUCUCUACAGCAAGUCCUCUUUCCGUGGACCAGACAUAUUGCUAUACUCUACCCUCUACUGAAUCAAAUCCAUACCAAGAUCAUACGAUCGAGUUCAGUCCAUUGCGUCAAUAUCCUUAUGUCCCAGAUCCCAGCAGCCCAAAAAUGAAAGAUGUGACUGGCUUAACGGGACUGAGGAUAACCCUGACAGAGUUGGGCGAUGUGCCUCGACUACCAGGCCGAGCUCUCAGUAGGUUUUUUGCCUUGAAAGAGAUGAAAGUGAUGGGCAGUUGCAUGUGUCACGGACAUGCUAGUCACUGUUUGCUGGAGGCUGUUAAUAAGGUGAGCCCUCAGUGUGACUGCCAACAUAACACUGCAGGUGUGAACUGUGAACGCUGUGACGAUCUUUACAAUGAUCUUCCCUGGAGACCUGCUGAGGAGCGCGCCACACAUACCUGCAAACGCUGUGAGUGUAACAACCAUGCCCGGAGCUGUCAUUUUGAUCCAGUUUUGUAUGAAGCCAGUGGCCAGAGGACUGGAGGUGUAUGUGAGGGAUGUUUGCACCACACUACAGGACCAAAGUGUGACCAGUGUCUCCCUGGCUACCAGCCGAAUCCUCGAAGCCAGAUGGACCGUCCUGAUGCUUGUAUACGAUGUGUCUGCAAUGCUGACGGAACAGUGAAUGGGGGAAGCUGUGAUGACAAUACAGGCUUAUGUCAAUGUAAACUGAAUGUGGAAGGCCCACGCUGUGAUCAGUGCAAAAGAGGCUAUUAUGGCCUUUCUGCAUCCAAUCCACUGGGUUGCUCUAAAUGUACCUGUUUUCCAGAGGGAACACUGUCAGAUGUUUGUGAUUCAGUGACUGGCCAGUGUCCUUGUCGGCCACACUUCCAUGGCCUGACUUGUGAAGUAUGUGCAAGAGGCUACUGGAAGCCCCCCCAGUUCCAGAGCUGUGAACUCUGCAGGUGUGACCCUACCAAGUCCUUCAGCGAUACUUGUGACCAGUUGACAGGUCAGUGCCAGUGUAGGCCAGGUUUUGGGGGCCGAACAUGUAAUGAUUGCCCAGACAACACACAUGGAAACCCUCUGAUUGGCUGCAAGCCUUGUUUGUGUAAUCCUGAAGGCACCCAAGUUUGUAACAAGCUGACAGGAAGCUGUUUGUGUCGUCCGGGCAUCACAGGGCCUCGAUGUGAUUCCUGCACAAGAGGCCAUUGUGACUCUUUUCCUAUUUGCAAGAUGUGUCCCUCUUGCUUCUUCUCCUUGGAUUCACAGCGACAAGCCCUCAGUUUAGCCCUUGAGAAAUUUACGGCAAAAUUUCCGCCUGGUCCAGGAGGUUCUGGAGACCUUGGAAAGUUUGAGCCCCGUAUUCGAGCACUGGAAGCUCGUCUGAAUUUUAUUUGGAACUCUGUCACGCUUCCUCCCAGUUCUGCAAGACAGAUUGAUGAUGCUCUGUCCCAAUUAGACAAAUUAAGGGACCAGGUAGAUAAGGUGAGCAAUGGCCUCUCUACCCUGGCACAAAAAACAGAUCUGAGCAAAGAGCUCGACAAACUUCAGGAUCUGUUGGACAACCUAAAUGGAGACUACAAUGUCAAGAAAGAAACUUUGAAAAACACAAUCAAUCCCAGCAAUGCAGAAGCUUUCACUACAAUCAAAAAUGCCUAUGACGGGUCUAAAGACGCUGCAAAUAAAGCAGAAGCCAGCAAAAAGACUGUGAAGGAAUCAGCUGACAACAGAGAAGAUACUUUGGAUAUUCAGGAAAAACAAUAUCCAAACAACACGAGAGCUCUCAAGAAACUAAACGACAGCAUGGCAUCUGGCCCAGACCUCACUCCUGUUGCUAAAAAGGUAUGUGGCAGUGUUAGAUCCAAGCCCUGUACCCCACUCACAUGUGAGGAUGUGGACCUGUGUCCACCAGAAGGAUCUUUGCGCUGUGAGAGGGGCUCAACAUGUGUUGGUGCCCUGCCUAUAGGCAAAAUGGCAAAUUCCAAUGUGAAAGAUGUCAAAGAUCGUCUGGAAUAUCUCAGCAACAACAUCACAGAGGCAGCAGAGAAGCUCCAAGAUACACAAGAUAGCGCCAAUGACAUGAGAGAGUCAACUAAGAAUCUGUCCAACAAGAUAAGGGAGGCAGGAAGGAACCUUGAAGAUAACUUAAAAGAGGCACACCAUGUUGUGAAAGAGCUCAAAGAAUUCCUCUCAGAUCCAUCAUCCAACCUGACCCACAUUCAGAAUGUGAGUGACUUGAUCCUGAAAACCAAACUGCCUUUGAGCCCUGCUUCUCUAAAGAAGAAACUGGAUGAGCUGAAAAAUCUUGCCACAAACCUUCCAGACAGUACAUCCAUAUUAAACAAGUCAGCCCCACAGUUGGAUGCAGCCCGAAAACUGUUGCAGGAGGCCCAAGAUACCAGAAACGCAGCACAAGGGGUGAAGGAUGAUGUGGAUGAACUAGUGGCAGGCUUUGACUCAGUGGAGGACUCCCUCGCUGACAUGGAGGACAGAUUGCAGAACAACUUGGAUUCCAUAGACAAGCUGCACAAAACCCUUAUUAAGAACAAAGACCAACUGAGACCAGCAGAGAAGACUCUGGAUGAUGUAACAGAUAUGAUUAAUCCAAUCAAACCUCAACUGGAUGAGCUCAAAGACCUGCUGCAAAAUGGAACUGAACAAGCUGAGGAUGCACAGGAAACCGCAGACAAAGCUGAGGAUGAAGCAGCUGCUGCUGAUCAGGAGGUGUCGUCAGUGCAGCAGGAGUUUGACCGUCUUAAAGACAAAGCAGCUGCUGGACAGCCUCCUAGUGAAGUAGGGCCAGGGGCCGAACAACUUGCAAAGCUAAAGAAGGAUGUUGGAACUCUGGCAAAUACCACUGACAGCAUGUUGAAUGAUCUGGAAGGGAAAGCAGAUUCAUUGAAGCUGUUGCAAGAUGAGAUUCUUCAAAAGUCAACAAAGCUUGAGGGACUUGAAGCCAAGCUAAAAGACCUUGUAGAACAACUUCAAAAAAAAGCCCAUGAUUUAAGUGUCUGCCAGGGCUGA